GCAGCGCGGCUGCGAGUCCACAGCAACGCAGGCUUCCGCCUUCGGAGACCCAAGAAUGAUUCAGUGUGGCUCUGAACCCGGACCGUCUCUAGAGUGGAUGGUCCAACACACUCUGACCCCAGGAGACUUGAGGGACCUCCAAGUGGAACCUGUUAAAAGCAAUGUUGCCAUGGAGGACUAUUCCAUUUUGAUGAAUGUCAGCUGGAGACUCCGGGCAGAUGCCAGCAUUCACUUGCUGAAGGCCACCAAGAUCUGCGUGACAGGCAAGAGCAACCUCCAGUCCUACAGCUGCGUGAGGUGCAAUUACACAGAAGCCUUCCAGACGCAGACCAGACCGUCUGGUGGCAGAUGGACGUUUUCCUACACAGGCUUCCCUGUAGAGCCGAACACACUAUACUUCAUCGGGGCCCACAAUAUCCCCAAUGCCAAUAUGAAUGAAGACCCCCCCUCCAUGUCUGUGAACUUCACCUCACCAGGCUGCCUAAACCACAUAAUGAAACACACAAAAAAGUGCAUCGAGGCAGGAAGUCUGUGGGAUCCAAACAUCACUGCUUGUAAGAAGAACGAAACGGCAGUAGAAGUGAAUUUUACAACCAGCCCCCUUGGAAACAAAUACAUGGCUCUCAUCCGAAAUAACAUUGUGAUUGGGUUUUCUAACAUGCUGGAGAACAACCCCCCAAGUCGAGCUUCGGUGGUGAUCCCCGUGACGGGGGAAAGUGAAGGUGCUGUGGUCCAGCUGACUCCGUAUUUCCACACUUGUGUCAAUGACUGCAUCCGACGCAAAGGAACAGUUGUGCUUUGCCCACAAUCGGGCAUGUCCUUCCCCCUGGACAGUCGCAGAAGCAUGCUGGGCGGCUGGCUUCCUCUUCUCCUCUCAGCUCUGCUGGUGGCCACAUGGGUGCUGGCCGUUGGGAUCUAUCUAAUGUGGAGGCACAACAGGACCAGGAAGGCUUCCUUCCCUACUACCACGCUCCUGCCCCCCAUUAAGGUUCUUGUGGUCUACCCAUCUGAAAUUUGUUUCCAUCACACAGUUUGUUACUUCACUGAAUUUCUUCAAAACCACUGCAGAAGUGAGGUUGUCCUUGAAAAGUGGCAGAAAAAGAAAAUAGCUGAGAUGGGUCCGGUGCAAUGGCUUACCACUCAGAAGAAAGCUGUGGAUAAAGUCAUCUUCCUUCUUUCCAAUGACGUCAACCCCAGGUGUGAGGGCACGUGUGGCAGGAGUGAGGGCAGCCCCCAUGAGAAUUCCCAAGACCUGUUCCCCCUGGCCUUUAACCUUUUCUGUAGCGAUCUGAGAAGCCAGACUCCCCUUCACAAAUACAUGGUGGUCUAUUUUAGAGAGGCUGAUACCAAAGACGAAUACAGCGUGCUCAGUGUCUGCCCCAAGUACCACCUCAUGAAGGAUGCUCCUGCUUUCUGUACAGAACUUCUCCGUGUCAAGCAGCAGGUAUCAGCAGCAAAGAGGCUGACGGCCUGUUCCCUGUAGCCCACCCAUGAGAAGUGAGGGGCCUUGAAGCCUUCGUACUCCUCCAAUUACAGGGGGAAAGUAUCUCAGAUGAUUCUGAAGUUUCCUGUAUGGGAUAUGUGCAGGGGGAUUUUAUAUACACCUGCUUUAUUUAGCAAUAGGAAUAGGGAGGAUUCCUAACUGAAUACAUACGCCUUAGUUUAAGCAAAACUUUUAUGCCAAAAAAACUGUUACAAAUACUAACUACUGUAGCAUCAACUGAUGGACAGAAACUAAAUUUACAAUUAUAAAGCUAAAUCAACUUCAUACCUAGAAGUCCAGGAGAAUUAUAAUGCAGAACUAUAACCAGUCUGAUAACACAAUGGUAAAGCAUCCUCCAGCCGAAUACCCAGUCCUGAAUAGCCCAUGCACUGCACAGUAAAUAGAACUGUUUAUUUCUCUGACACUCUAAACUUAGUGAAUACCAAAUUUAAGAAAGCCUUUGCUCAUUCACGAACUUCAUGGGUGAACAACCCUCUAUUACAUACAAAAGCCAUUUUUAAGAAAACAGAAGAGUAAGAAGCCGAACUUCUCUUUGCUGACCAGAGACGCAGUACCCGUGUAGCCACUUACAUUAGCCGGCACUUGCAGAGGACCGUCCGGCUCUGAGCUAGAUUCAGGUCCUCUCCGAGUCUUGUACAGGUGACUUUUAAUAUGGACACCGACAUCCAUUACCUGCAGACCUGAUGUCUACUUCAGCCCAGUUACCUAUUAGAGGUUACUGUCAAGAGUUCAGAGUUUCUUGGUUAUGUGACUUCUCAUGUUCCAAAACACAAGUAAUUCCUGCUCUGUUCAAAGUCAGCACUCUUGAAGUAAUCUUUUUAUAAAUGAGUUAUUAUAAUGGUUUAUUUAAAAAAAAAAAAAGUACCAGAGAGCUAGGUAUGUAUGGUAUUUUAAAUCUUCUGACUUUUUCCUCUAAAAGUAUCUUUUUCUUAAUGCAGAGGUUACCAACAGGCCAUUUAUAUUAGUGUGCAGUUUUUCUAGGAAUGCUUGUCUCUCUCACACAGUACGAUACUGAAUCUGCCCUAGAGUGUGGAUCAGUUUCCACUGGAUGCCUGUUAAAAUGUAUUUGUGAAGGGCUAAAAUUAUCCUUAAAGGGCCAGGUCUUAUGGAUAAAAUAAAAAUCAAAAUAAGGAAGCACAGAGUGAAAACUCACCGUGUCCAACUUCACAAGUAGACACUUAGUAAUGGCUGAGGCAACAUGUUUAAUGUGGUUAAGCUCACUUACUUGUCAUGACCAGUUUUUACCACACUUAAAAGUGCUGGUAACAGAAGGACACAGCUUAUGUCAAAAAUUGGACCAGAAACCAACUUCCUCUGAAUCAACAUCUACCAGUUAUAAGAGCAAUAGGCGAUUAUGUAAAAAAAAAAAAAAGA